AUGAGAGCUACAACAAGGAUACUCCCAGGUUUUUCACGAACUGGAACAUAUUAUGGGAGAAAUCUCACUCGAUGCGGCCAAAUAUAUAGUCAACUAUCUGCUUCACAGGCCAGGACUCUCAAAACGUCACCAAACCCAUCCAUCACACCAACCCAACGAUACGCCUCUCACAAACCAAACUUUUCCGCUCCUCUCCAAGCACGAAUAUUCCCUUCAUUGAUCUUCGUCGGAAUAGUUCUCGUGAGCAGUGGUUAUUAUCUCCUCACACCACCCUCGCGGCCAAACACACUCAAUGACAUAACAUUCGUCCCCUACGCCAUCACAGCCCGCGAGGCCAUCUCACCAACCUCAUUCGUCAUAACCGCCGUACCACGCACACCAAAUCCUUUCUUGCCUUAUCUCAACCAUUCAGAUAGCCAAUGGAAGAACCCUCUCUGGUCUGUGGAGUUCAAGCAGCCCGAGGUGCAGAUCUCGCGACACUACACGCCUCUCCCGCCGCUGUCCAACGAGGAUCCAACAGAUGGUGCGCUGCGCUUUUACAUCCGCGUUGUUGGCGAUGGAGAAAUGUCGAAUUAUCUAGGGCGGAGACGGGUCGGUGAUGAUGUCUUCCUGCGCGGUCCUCAUGUGGGCUUUGAACUUGCUGAGCGGCUGGGAGAGCACUCUCGCCUUGUCUUUCUUGCUGGUGGAACGGGUGUUGUUCCUGGUAUUCAGGCUGCAAAGGCCGUGUUGGAAGCGAAUGAGAAGUCAAGUGUUGAUUUGCUCUGGGCUGUGAGAAAGCGAGAGGAGGUACAAAACAGUGCUUCUCCAAGUUCAUCAUCGUGGAAGUUCUGGCAGGAAAAGAGGCCAACAGCAUUGGGUCUCGAUGUUGAGAGUCCCAGUCCUGUGACCAAGCGUCUACAAGAUCUCAAGAAGACGUAUGGCGAUCGUCUGAGAAUUCAAGUCGUUGUUGACGAGGAGGGAACACGCUUCCAGGAUAAUGGCAUCAACAGCGCUAUUGCAGCUUCUCCUGGAAUUGUAGCUUCCUUCAACGCGGGCUGCCGAUUCCACGACCAGGCGAUGCACAUCCACGCCUCCGAAUUCGCAAUGCCUGAGGGACCUGGCUGUGUUUGCGAAUCACCUGCGGGAACCACGCCCGGAAAGAACUUGUUCAUCGUCUCUGGUCCAGAUGGCUUCAUCGAGCAUUAUGCUGGACCCAAGAUCUGGCUAGGCGGACACCAAACACAAGGACCAGUAGCGGGAGUAGCUGGGCACUUGCAAAGGCAAAACCCUGCUUUGACAAGAGACUGGUUAGUUCUCAAGAUGUAA